ACGAAUCAAAUCAAAUUUAACGGAUAAAAUGUCCAGCCUAGUUUGAACCAAUUUGUAGUGUUUAACUGGUGUGUAAUUAUUAUUAUCAUUAUAUAUAUUAUGCUUUACUAUUUAAAAUAUUUAGAAUUUGUUAAACCAAAACCUUAUUAGAAGACAACCUAGAGGCUAGAGUAAGAAGGUUUUGUUUUUGUUUUUACUCUCUCACAGUAAUAUCUUCUUUUUCUUUCACCCUUCUCUUACCUUGCUCACACCUUUUCUCUCCUUAUAUCUCCUUUGUGUUAUAUAAUACACAGCAACCAACAAUCAAGAAGAUCAGAUAAUGGUGGGGUUUUUUAUUUUCACCUUAUCAAGAAUCCUCUGAUCAGUCAAAAUACACAUCAAUCAAUCACAUCCCCAAACACUCCAAAAAAGAAGCAGAUCUGCUUCCAACGUCAAAUCCUUUUUUCUUCUUACAAAAAAAAUGUCUAUGUCGUCUAUGUCAUCUCCUUCCUCAGCUGUUUUUUCACCAGAGCACCUCUCUCCCUCUGAACAUCUUUGCUAUGUCCAAUGCAACUUUUGCGAAACUAUUCUUGCGGUUAGCGUUCCUUACACAAGCUUGUUCAAGACCGUAACCGUCCGAUGUGGCUGCUGUACCAAUCUUCUUUCGGUGAACAUGAGAUCGCUUGUCCUCCCAGCGUCUAACCAGCUCCAGCUUGGUCCUCAAUCUUACUUCACACCCCAAAAUAUUCUGGAGGAGCUGAGAGAAGCACCAUCAAACAUGAAUAUGAUGAUGAUAAAUCAACAUCCUAAUAUGAAUGACAUACCAUCUCUCAUGGAUCUUCAUCAAAAACAUGAGAUUCCUAAAGCACCACCCACUAACCGCCCUCCAGAGAAAAGACAGAGAGUCCCAUCCGCAUAUAACCGAUUCAUCAAGGAGGAGAUCCAACGUAUCAAAGCCGGUAAUCCUGAUAUAAGCCACAGAGAAGCCUUUAGUGCUGCUGCCAAGAAUUGGGCCCACUUCCCCCACAUACACUUCGGGCUCAUGCCAGACAAUCAAUCCGUGAAGAAAACCAACAUGCCCCAACAGGAGGGUGAGGAGAACAUGGGGAUGAAAGAAGGGUUCUACGCUCCUUAUUAAAGAUAAAUAUAAGCUACAAGUAUUUCAGAGUUUUUACCAAAAAAAAAAAGUAUUUGAGAAUUUGAAAUCCAGUUUGUAGGGUUUAUGUUUACCCAAAAGUUGGGUUUAUUUUUAUUUCUUGAACUUAUAUAUAUUAUAUAUGCAUGCAUGCGUCUUCUUCUGUUGUUGUAAUCAAAUUCUUUAAUUAAUGAGGUUUGUUAUGUUAGUUUCGAUUUGUACUUGUGUGAUUAAUUAAUAAACUUUGCACAAUGUA